AUGGGCAGCCAGAUCCUCUCUCAUCUUUCCAAACUCAAGAAUGAGCAAGGAAAAUUGACAAAGAAAGUUCAUUUCUUCGCCUCAUCCGGCGGAAAUGCGGGUCUAGCUGCUGUAUGCGCUGCGCAGAGUCUGGGAUACCCCUGUACCGUAGUGGUUCCUGCUCCCACGCCAGACCAUAUGUUUGAUAGACUCUACGCGGCCGGAGCGGAGGAGGUGGUUAAAUUUGGGGAAACCAUCGCCGCGGCGGGGGUUUAUAUGAAGGAUGUUGUUAUGAAGGGUGCUCAUCGAGAGCGUCUUCAGGAGAAGGAUGAGGGUGAGGAUAUUGCGAAAAUUGCCCUUCAUCCAUUCGACGACGAAUCUAUCUGGGAAGGAAAUAGUACUAUCAUCAAUGAACUUGAGAAACAACUUCCCCUUGUCAUCGAGGAUGAUCAAGAACAGAAACCAAAUGACGAUAACUACAAUGAUCUACCUCUCCCCGUGGAUGCCAUAAUCUGCAGCGUCGGCGGCGGAGGGCUUAUGAACGGCCUAAUCAUGGGACUGGAGAGGUUGAAACAGAAAAAGCAGCAGCAAAAACAACAAGCCUGCACGGAUAAAGCAAAGAAAAUCCAUAUCCUCGCGGCGGAAACUGAAGGAACGCACAGCCUUUCCCUUUCCCUCUCCCGACGAACUCUGAUUACGCUUCCGCGGAUUACGUCCAAGGCAAUCUCACUUGGCGUGGUGCGUGUUUCUGAACGGACUUUCCAAUUGGCCUUGAACCCGCCGGACGGGAUUGAAGUGCACAGCGUAGUAUUGUCAGAUGCAGAAGCCGCAAGGGGCGUGCUGAGCCUCGUGGAUUCCGAGAGGGUGCUUGUUGAACUUGCAUGUGGUGUCUGUGUGGACGUUGCUGUUGGCUCUGCUUCCUGGUCGUCAUCACUGCUGCUUCCUGGGGCAGAUUCAAAGGCUGAUACAGGUGGGAAAGUGUCAGGUAUCACUACUACGAGCACCGGAAACACACCCAAGAAGCGAAAGAGAACACCGUCAAUGGGACAUGGUGACCAAAGUGGUAGAUUGCCGCCAUCCCUCUCUGCUUGCGCGAAAACAGAAGAAAUAGACGUCGACACGGUGGAUAUGAACAUGCACACGAGCACGAGUAUGAAUCCAUCAAGUGAUGAAUCGGAUUCUAGCAGUCUCUCUGCACCGAUGUCUCCGUCCUCUGAGGCCACGGAAGUUACGCUCCUCUCCGAUGACUCGACGGGACAGUUCAAGUCAAAGCUCCAUCAGCUUCUUCCGAACCUGACUCCGAAGAGUAGAGUGGUUAUCAUUGUGUGCGGUGGAAGUAAUGUAACACUCGGCAUGGCUGCUAAGUGGAGAGAACUGUUGAAGAAUGGAUGGAUUGAGAAGUCAUAG